AGCGGCAGUUUUGGCUCGAGACUUUGCCAUAGGCAGCACGAGGUGCGUUGGCAGGGCGCUUCGCUUCCGAAUGAGACGCCAGGGCUAUCGGGGGACACCUUCGGGCGGUCAAAGAAGGUGCACCGGUGCCUUCGUUGCUGCUGCGGCUGCGGUUUGCUUGCUCGCCGGAAGGUCGAGCGGGUCCUGGGUGUCAGGCUGGCGGCAAUGCCCAGAGGUUUCUCGGAUCAGCAUCCGAAGCAGGCAGGCAGAUGCUCCAGAUGCAUCGCCAGGGCGGCGUGAUGCUGCAGCUGUGCUGGCAGCUUCUCUGCUAGUAGGAAGUCCGGCAACUGCCAAGGAUGUCGUGCAGGUACCAGCUCCCGUGCCGCCCAAACCGAGCAAGAAUCCUGCCAUCUACAACUUGCAGGUGGUCGGCUGGAAGAGAGAGCCUUAUGGGAGGAUGGCUCUCUACCUGCAGGCUGUGACGCAGCGAUUUAUCCAGGACAUGGAAACUAGCGUCUUCGGCGGCAAGAGCUUCAUUCACUGGACCACCGAGCCGGAGUCGGAUGAUUUCUUCAAGUUCGAUGUCGUGGAUAGAAGCAACUACAAUGAGGCUGCCAAGUCUGGGCAGAUUCUCAUUGACAGUGACAUGAGCGUGCCCGAGAAUGGCCUUGAGGUGUACGUGUACAAAGACAAAGAGGCCAGAGAUGACCUGACGAAGAAGAUCUUGGUAGAGGACCUGGUCAUCAUUCCCACCGAGUUGCAGGAAGCGGUCAGGGUCAUUCAAAAGACCCCGUUCCCGCCAUUUGUGGGUGGCGAGGAGACUUUUACCGGUCUUCGCGUAACGGUUGAUUGAGUUUUGUUGCUUUUGCAUGACAAGCUCGGAGAGAGUAUGCAGAGACUUAUUAUUGGUUUCACAGCCUCAGCUAGACCCGCUUUAGCCAGCUCGAA